CACGCCUCGCACCAGACUGCUCUCCUAUACACCAUGAAGGCCACCAUCCCUCGCCGUGCUCUCGCAGACGUGCUCAAGCGCCGUCCGGACGAUGUCGUUAUCGUGACCUCGCUCCGUACGCCCAUCGGCAAGUUCCGUGGCGGCCUCAAGGACAUGCACGCCGAGGAGCUCCUGUCGCACGUUCUUCGCGAGACGAGGUUGCGCCUCGAAGAGCAGGGCGUCGACGUCAAGGGCGGCGCCGUCCAGGACAUCCACAACGGCACCGUCCUCAUGGAGCUCGGCGGCGCAAAGAGCGGUCGUCUCGCGUCUCUCGAUGCUGGAUUUCCUGUCGUCUCGGGCUUCAAGUCGGUCAACCGCCAGUGCGCGUCGUCGCUCCAGUCGGUGACCGACAUCGCGCUCCAGAUCAAGGGCGGCCUCAUCGACAUGGGCAUCGCAUCCGGCGCCGAGUCGAUGACUCGCGACUAUGGCACUCGCGCCAUCCCUGCCGGCAUCUCGCCCUACAUCAAGAAGUCGCACUCGCAGGACGCGCAGGACUGCCUCGCCCCGAUGGGCACCACGUCCGAGGCGGUCGCAGAAAAGUACGGCAUCACGCGCGAGGACCAGGACGCGUUCGCGUGCGCGUCGCACGCCAAGGCCAAGGCGGCGCAGGACGCGGGCUACUUUGCGGCCGAGAUCGCGCCGAUCAAGGUGCGCAAGGUGACGCCGGCCGAGGGCGACAAGGCCGAGGUCGUCGAGGAGGUGGUCCUGUCCAAGGACGAGGGCAUCCGGCCCCAGACGACGCUCGAGUCGCUCGCCAAGCUCAAGCCGUGCUUCAAGGAGGGCGGCACGGGCACGGCCGGCAACUCGUCGCAGAUCUCGGACGGCGCGUCGGCCCUCACGCUCGUGCGCCGCGACGUCGCCGACAAGCUCGGGCUCAAGAUCCUCGCCAAGUGGGUCGGCUCGGCGGUCGUCGGCGUGCCCCCGAUCAUCAUGGGCGUCGGUCCGGCGUACGCGCUGCCCAAGCUGUUCGACAACUACGGCAUCACCAAGGACGACGUCGACUUGUUUGAGCUCAACGAGGCGUUCGCGUCCCAGUCGCUCAUGGUCACGCGCGAGCUUGGCCUCGACACGAAGAAGGUCAACCCCAAGGGCGGCGCGAUCGCGCUCGGCCACCCGCUCGGCGCGACCGGCGGCAGGCUCCUGUCGUCGCUCAUCUACGAGCUCAUCCGCACCGACAAGAAGGUCGGCGUCGCGACGCUCUGCAUGGGUACCGGCGCUGGCAAGGCGACGCUCAUCGUGCGCGACUGAGCGAGACGCUCGAGCCGCCUCGCCGCUUCCCUUUCUCUCUUCCUUUCUGUGCCGGGUAGAUCUCCUUGUCGUUCCGUAUCGCAAAACAUCGCAGUUCCC